AUGUUGGCACUCUAACCACACCGAUCUGGAAUCAGAUAUUGCACUUUUCUCUCGUUUACCUUCCUAAAGCGCAAGAAAAUUUUUUUAUUUAUUUAUUUUUUCUUUUCUUAUCCCCAGAAAUAUCUCCGCUUCUUUCUCCGACUCCGAUCCAAUCCAAUUCUUAUUGAUCAAAUCUGGGGACUUACGAUACUGUAAAUUAUGGGGGAGGAAGUGAAGAUGGGUGAGUACGAAACCAACGGCGAGGAUACCCACGGAGAUGUGGAAAGAGUUGCAGAGUGGGAGAUUGGCCUACCUACUGCCGACGACCUCACCCCCUUAUCUCAGGUGUUGAUUCCUCCGGAACUCGCGUCGGCGUUCAGUAUCUCGCCGGAACCUCAACGCACGUUUAUCGACGUCAACCUAGCUUCGCAAAAUACUAUCUCGAAUCUCCGUGGGCCUGGCGCUGGGGGACAGUUAAACGCGCUGUCAUCGAAUAACUUCAAGUCUUAUAAUGAAGACCGAGCUCCCGACCUGAUGUUGGUGGACCCGGAACAGGAGCCGGAGGACAACAACAUGGAUCGGGACGGUUCGGGUUCCGAGUCGAGGAAGUUGAGAAGAAUCGAUUCCGAAGAAGCGGAUUCGGCUUUGAGAACUGAAAAUUCCGGCGAAGAUCCGUCAACGAGGACGCCGAAACGGCCACGUCUCGUGUGGACACCGCAGCUGCACAAGAGAUUCGUCGAUGUGGUGGCUUACCUUGGGAUAAAAAACGCGGUACCGAAGACCAUCAUGCAGUUGAUGAACGUAGAAGGUUUGACCCGCGAGAAUGUGGCGAGCCAUUUGCAAAAGUACCGCCUUUAUUUGAAAAGGAUGCAGGGAUUGUCUAGUGAGGGUCCUUCGUCUUCUGAUCAGUUGUUUGCCUCUACGCCCGUGCCGCAGAGCUUGCAUGAGAGUGGUAGCGGCGCAGGCAGUGGAGGUAACGGAGCCGCCCACGCGAACGGCCACUUGGGAAUGCCCAUUCCUGUCCCUUAUCAUCAGGGGGCCGGGUCGAUGAUGCCAAUGCCGGUGUAUGGUCACAUGGGCAAUCAUCAUCAUCAUCAUGGGUUCGAUGGUAAUCUUCCGUACAAUAUGUUACAACAGAGGGACUGGAGCGGGAAUAAUUAUGGGUCGGUCGUGUCUUACCCUCACCAUCCUCCUCAUGUUGCUCCGAAUGAUAAUAUGUGAUAUCAUUAUGGUUUCUUUUUGAUACGCCGUAGAAUAGAGAGAAAGAGAGCUGCAAUUGUAAAAAUCUUUCUUGAUUUUUGAUUGCUGAAAGUCACUUGUGGAAAUGCUGGCUUUCUCCAUGAAUGUGUUGUACCAGAGGCCUGGUGCUUUGAACUGGUUCUUCGGCCUGAAAUGAGAUAUUUCUGCAGGUGCACAAUUUAUGCGGAGUCUAUGUUUAAGAUCCCAUUUUGUGAAUUCUGUUUCUCAUAUAAACCAUUAUUUUUAAGCUGACGUGUGUUUCAAUCCAUGAGAUGCUGCAAAUCAAUUGAUUUCAUUCCUGUAAAUAAUAAAUGAUAAAUGGGAUGAGAAACUGAUAUUUAUUGGAUCAACUUUGUUUGGAUACGAGAUGAGUGUCUUAAAGGUUAUUGGUGGUAUGAUUUUAUACUCUUUUUUCUAAACAGAUAUGUUGCUCUUUCAGUUCUUUAUUUUUAGGAGGAGUAAUAAUUAUAAGUCUGGCAUUGAAAAGGUAAAUUGUGUUUACUAGAAUUUGUUGACUUUUUUUUUUUUUAAUUAAGCAUCUGUUUCUCCUAUUUGAUUCAUGAUGUGACAAGGAACCAAACAUCAGUAAGCAGACAUGAAAAUGCAUACCUUUUUCAUUGUUUCUGGAUGCAAAUCUCUAGGAUCUGCACUUGAUCCUUUCAACUGAACUAGGAUGAUGAGGGGACAACCCAGAAUGUGGAAACGGUAACAGCACAACCAAGAUUCUGUAGAAAUAUUGUGAAUUUAAGACAUGACUCCAACAAAUUUCGGGAGCACAAUAAGUAUAAUUUUCAAUUCUCCCAAAUGUCAUGCCUAUGAGUUCUUGAAGCAGAGAACCCUACACAUUACACCUGCAUUCUAUCCAGCUGCAAACCAUUGGCAACAAUAUCAGUCAUCCAGUUGUUAUAACUGGAAGCAAGAGAAGAGUUGCAUGAUGGUGCCAUUUUGAUCGUUCUGGGGCUUUUUAUGUAAUUUUCAAACACAGUCACUAUCUUAGUGAUUUAGUAUUUCUAAAAUGUGAAAGUGCUCCAUAUGAGGAUUAAAAAAUGUGUUAUCUAGAUGAAAUAUUGUAGAUGCAUGUUAUUAUUCCAACCUGUACCGAAAUACAUACAAGGAUAAUUGGAGCAUGGAUUUCCUUGCAUUUGUUGCCAUUUCAACAGUGAAUUAUUUUUUAGUCAUUUAAGUUUUGAAUACCGAAUACCAUUUGUUCAUGAUUUUGUCUUAAUUUGGUUCACAUUUUGAAUACAAUUCAUUUUGAAUAAUGUUGCUAUGUAGUAACUUUGGGUUUAGAAUUUUCAACCUAUAGAAAUUUCCUGCAUUAUUUUCCAUUCAGGCAAUUGUUUCAAUGACACAUUAAAUGAUGCAGCCGUUUGCAUAAUAGCAAUAUGUUGCCUGAUUUUCAGAAAGGUCACUUGCAGGUUCUAAGGUUUUCCAUUUUUGCUGUUAAUUGUCUGCAUUUAUUUUGGGGGCUCCAAUUAAUUGGCGGUGCUAAAAUUUACAGUUGAUAUUAUCUGUUUUCUGUAGAUUCUAAAGUAUGAGCAAACCUGUUAUAUACAUUGAGCUAUGACUGAGAAUUUGCACAUUUGACAGACAUGAGAUGGGUUUUCAGGAAGGCCUGUAUGGAGACAAUCCAGAGACAUUCAAAUGUAAUGCACGUUAUGCGUCAUGAAUUAUGAACGGUUACACUGCUUCUCUUGGUUCAUGUCAUAUGCCAGUUGUCUGAUGGCAGCAAACAGAUUUGGGGAUGUUGCUUAUAGUUAACAUAUGAUGACAACUCAUAGAUUAUAUUCUCGACCUGUUAUUUAAUUGAUAAAUGUCAAAUAAGUUGUAUAAUGGGAUAUAUUACACCUUCUAUUUUAGCCGUAUACAAAAAGCAAAUAGAGACCUUCCAGUUUUGCAAUAUAUGAAAAUUGAAUAAAGGAGCAGUGUACAAAAUUCAGUUAUAACCUACCAUCCUGUUUAUUGAAUGCUGCUACCAUUCUAUGUUCUUUGUAGUUGUCUUUAAAGUGAGAUGAUUGGUUAGUUAUGUAACUCUGUUCUAUCCAAAAGUUUCUCAUUUAUUGGAAGCAUUUUAUAUUUUUGUGAAAGUUUACUUGUGGAAUAUUUUAGUGUUACGUUUCUAUCUAUUUAUCUGCCUAUAUGUGUGUGUUGUGUGUAGUGCUAUAUUUGAAUUUUCUUUGUGCGUUUAUGAGGUUCUUGCAUAUUGCUGUUCUUUGGUCUUGAAGGCUAGAAUUUGGGAUGUAAUUUGUACUACUUUGUAAUAGCAGUGGAGAGUGGUGCCUCUGAGGUGGUUGUCACUGAUUUGUAGACUUGGGCAUUGUAUGUAGGUGGCUGCAUAUAUGGAGUAAUGUACGGAGAGGUCUUUUCUUGAAGGUAUGAGCGCUUAAAAGCCAUGGUCUCUGAUGGUAUACCAUUUGAAUGGCUGAAUUCUAGUUAGUAUCUAUGGAAGCAGCCCAACAGCAAUAGCUGUUAUUCAGUUGUUUCAAAAUGUCCAGGCAGAAUUGCUAUAGCAUCAUUAACAAUAUACAGUUAUGCUGUCUAACAAAUGUUCUCACAUACCUUGAUGCAACACUUGAUAAUUAACUUUUGCUUUCUGAUUUUACAUAUUUACUAGACAUUUCUUACUACUCUUGUAAUCUAUUUUUAUUUUUAUUUUGGCUUAAAAUUCAUUUGCAGUAUGCCAAGUGUUUUUAUAAUUUAUCUAAGACAUCUCUAUCUCACUUGUUCAUUGCGUUUCUCUUCUUGUAUUGGAGUUGAAUUGUUUCAGUGGAAUAUCAUUUAGCCUCCUCUGUGUGUCAAAUAAUUUCAACUGCUCUAGGAUCUCUUCUGCUGGAACUAUUUACAAUUUGUAAGGUUGGAGUUCCAUUAUUUCGGUUAGGCUAACGGAUUUCUAGUUGUGAGUUUGAAUUGGAAACUAAAUUAGGAAAUUGAGGCCUGCUAUUUGUCCUAAAUGUUACCAAUAUGCUGUUUAAAGGAGUGGAAAGAAACUUUAGCUACGGAUAGAGGAAGAAGCACUUUAUGCCAUUAAAAACUAGUGAUUGGAAUGGAGUAGGACUAAAUGUUUGUUUCUUCUAUUUUUCUUUUUAUACUGUCCACUAACAUUUGAUUGAUUAAAAUAAAAGACUUUCUUUAUGCUUUACUACGUCGUUUCUUUUCUUCAGCUGUGCUACUUUAUUGCCACUGUAGAGGAAGCCAAGAAGCAGUACAGAGUUGUACUCCUCUUCUCCUCAACUUCCGCAUAGAUUAAUCUCCCCCGCCUUCGAAAGCUAUAGGACAGAGACGAAGCAAAGGACAAAGCCUAAAAAGAUAAUUCAAUUUUUUUUUCUUUUUCUCUCUUGUUCGUAUGUAGUAGGCAAGGGGGAGUAACCAUUUGUUUACUCCCAGCAACGGGGUGGCCGUGUCUGCACGCGCUGUUUAUCCAAAUUGAUUGAUGAAAGGAGGAUUUAUGGCAAUUUUUGGAUGGAUAACUCCCCGUGGGAUGUAUGCUAAUUUUCUAUCGCAUAAGAGAGAAAUUUUAUGAGAAAUUUUCUCUGUAGUUCGUUUUUUGUUUUUGAGACUUGAGGUCUCUUUUCUAUUGUUAUCUACGGCUAUUCUCCGGGUAGAGACAGUCUUCCGUUCUUAGCUCAGAUGUGGGUCUCGCCUCCUUGCUUCUAGGGCUGAAUGUGAAUAGUUUUUCUUUUAAUUUUUUUUUUUUUUUAUGCAGAUCUGUUGGAUGAUGGAGAGGAAUUUUUCUUGAUCUGUUUUUCUUUCGUUCUGCUUGCCAUGGGGUUGUUUGCUUGUUUCUUGAGGGGUUUUUUUCUGCUAGGACAAAAUCUCCUUUGUGUCUGUAAGCCAUCGGAAAUGGUUCUCGGUUCUCGGCUGACCUUGAAGCCCCGUUUUGUCCUCUCCUGCUGCUUAUGGCUGCUAGUUUGCAAGCCGACUCGAUCGACCUUUCUUGGAUAUUGAAGACCCGAUGAUGCUCCUCGAUGCAAGUAUAUAGUUUUUUCUUCCAUGCAUGGGCUUCGAUGGAGAGAGAGUUUUAUUUUAUUUCUGAGUUUUUCUUUUUGAAAGCCUCCCUAAUGAUAUCUAGGGGGGAUAGCUCCACGCCUAUGUUUCUUUGGCCAUGCAUGUCUUCUAAGAUGAGAAGUUUUCUUCACCUUUUUUGAUUGUCUGCGAUCACUGUUGUUCAGUCGGUGAGAAAGGUUUGACUUCACAAGGAGGGAUGAGGCGCUGAUGUUGGAUCCAUCUCUUGCAGAACCGGGUCAUUUUCUCCGGAUAGCAAGAUCUGCCAACCUAGAGUUUUCUCUUCUGGGCUUGGACCUUUUAUUUUUCUGUUGGGUUGGGUAGAUUACAUUGUAUUUGGGCUCACAACCUUGUAUUUCCAUGGUUUAUUGAAUCCAAUUUUUAUAUUUGGAAAAAAAAAAAAAAAAAAGGAAAGCGAAGAGCUCUUAUCCCAGUAUUUGUCUA